AUGGUGAAACCCGUUGAGGAAAUGGCCUCGCUGCCGGGCGACGACAAGCCCUGGUACAAGCAAGCGCACCUUCUAAAGCUCAACUUCAUCACCCUGUCUAUGGUCCUGUUCUCCUCAGCAAACGGCUACGACGGCUCCAUCAUGGGCGGCCUCCUCGCCCUCCCCAGGUGGAACACCUUCAUGCACCACCCGUCCGGCGCCUACCUCGGCUGGAUCACGGGCAUAUACUGGGUCGGCAACGGCAUCGCCUUCCCCGUCGCGGCGUGGGUGUCCAACAACUACGGCCGCAAGGCCGGCAUCUACGUGGGCUACCUGUUCCUGGUCCUGGGCGUGGUGAUGCAGGCCGCCGCGCGCAACGAGGUCACCUUCACCUACUCGCGCCUCUUCGUCGGCAUCGCCGCCUCGUGGCUGGGCAACUCGGCCCCGCUGCUCAUCAACGAGAUCGCCCACCCGAAACAGCGCUCCGUCGCCAACGCGCUGUUCAUGGUCGGGUGGUACUUUGGCGGCACGCUCUGCGGCUGGGUCACCUUUGCGUGCCGCGACAUCCCCUCGGACUGGUGCUGGCGCGUCCCCGUGCUGCUGCAGAUCGUGCUCCCCUUCAUGGCCCUGCCGGGGUUCCUGCUGUCCCCCGAGAGCCCCCGCUGGCUCAUCAGCGUCAACCGCGUGGACGAGGCGACCGACAUACUCGCGCGGCACCACGCCGGCGGCGACAGGGCGGACCCGCUCGUCACGUACCAGGUCGUCGAGAUCCAGGCCACCAUCACCGCGGAGAAGGAGGCCUCGUCGAGCGCGUCGUACGCCGACAUGAUCAAGACCAAGGGUAACAGGCACAGGCUCUUCAUCUCCAUCAGCCUCGGGAUAUUCGCGCAGUGGGCCGGCAACGGCGUCGUCUCGUACUACCUGCCCCUCGUGCUCACCUCGGUCGGCGUCAGGUCCGUCACCGACCAGACCCUCAUCUCGGCCUGCCUCAAUGUCUGGAACCUCCUGUGGGCCAUCGCCGCCGCGGCCAACGUCGACCGCCUGGGCCGCCGGUUCCUGUUCCUGACGUCCGCCAGCACCAUGUUGACCAGCUUCAUCAUCAUCACCGGCCUCAGCGGCGCGUUCGCAGAGUCCGGGUCAGCGCAGAUCGGGCUGUCUGUCAUUCCGUUCCUAUUCAUAUUCUUUGCCGGCUAUGACAUCGCCAUGACCCCCUUCCUAACAGCCUACCCCUGCGAGAUCUGGCAAUUCUCCCUCCGCUCCCGCGGCCUGACCGUGUCGUGGUGCUCCACCGUCGCCGCCAUCUUCAUAAACACCUUCGUCAACCCCAUCGCCCUCGAGGCCAUCCAGUGGAGGUACUACAUCGUCUUCAUCGCCAUGCUCACCCUGCUCCUCAUCACCGUCUACUUCGCCUACCCGGAGACGCGGGGCCACACCCUCGAGCAGAUGGCCGUCAUCUUCGACGGCGCCGACGCGGCCGCCUGCCCGCCGCCGGCCGCCGUCAGCGGGAAGACCGGGAUCAUGGUCUCGCACUCGGACGGGGUGCACCACGCCGACCAGCCGUGCCGGGGUGGUGCGGAAGGCAAGGUCUGA